GCCAUUGCGUGGUGCCUCGUGGUGCGAGCUGAUGGGGAUAGCCGGCCGGUGAACCACAAGGCGUCGGCCGCGCGCCGGAGAAGACGGGUGCGACCGUGCGAGUGGAUACGGUGGCCGUGGUCGCCAGGCAUGGCGUAUCCGUACGUGUUCCGUGCGCAGGCGCCGCCGGCUACGGCGAAGGAAGCAAUGGCGCCACAGCCACAGGUCAGGGAGCCGUGGCCGGCGGGUGGCGGCGGCGGCGGUUGGAUGGGAGUUGGCUCCGGCGAGAGGCUGGCGAGCGCGUACGACCUCGUGGAGCAGAUGCACUACCUGUACGUGCGCGUCGUCAAGGCGCACGGGCUGCCGGCGAGCGCGGUCGCCGGCGGGUGCAACCCUUACGUGGAAGUGCAGCUCGGCAACUACCGGGGCACGACGCGGCACUACGAGAGGAACGGCGCCCCGGAGUGGAACCAGGUGUUCGCCUUCUCGAGGGAGCGCGUCCAGGCCACGGUGCUCGAGGUGUUCGUCAGGGACAAGGACGGCUCGACGGUGGCGCGAGACGGCUACGUCGGGAAGGUCACCUUCGACGUCGGCGAUGUGCCCGCGCGCGUGCCGCCGGACAGCCCGCUCGCGCCGCAGUGGUACCGCCUCGAGGACCCCCGCGACGGCGGCGGCGGCAGGAAGGUGCACGGGGAGGUCAUGCUCGCGGUGUGGGUCGGCACGCAGGCCGACGAGGCCUUCGCGGACGCGUGGCACGCCGACGCGGCGUCUUUGCGCGGCGGAGGCGGCGUGGCGGCCGUGCAGAGCACGCGGUCGAAGGUGUACGUGACGCCGAAGCUGUGGUACCUCCGGGUAAGCGUGCUCGAAGCGCAGGACGUCGUCCCGGGCGCCGCCGGCGCUGGCGGCGAGAAGGGGCGGCAUGGCGAGGCCUUCGUCGUCAAGGUUCAAGUCGGCGGCAUGAUGCUCCGAACUAAGCCGUGCUGCGCGAGGGGUCCGACGAGCCUGGCGUGGCACGAGGAGCUGGUGUUCGUCGUGGCGGAGCCGUUCGACGAGCCGGCGGUGCUCAUCGUCGAGGCACGGUCGCACCCCGGCAAGGACGAGAUCGUCGGCCGGGCCGUGCUGCCGCUCGCCCUCUUCGAGAAGCGGCUCGACCGCGGCGGCGCGGCCGCGCAGUCGCAGUGGUUCAGCCUGGAGCCAUUCGGGCACUGGCUGCGCACGCCGACGCCAGCGGCCACCUUCGCCGGCCGCGUGCACCUCCGAGCGUGUCUCGAGGGCGCCUACCAUGUCAUGGACGAGCCCACCAUGUACGCCAGCGACACGCGCCCGACGGCGAGGCAGCUGUGGCGGCCGCCCAUCGGCGUGCUCGAGGUCGGCGUCCUCGGCGCGCAGGGGCUCGCCCCGAUGAAGACCGUCGACGGCCGGGGCACCACCGACGCGUACUGCGUCGCCAAGUACGGGCAGAAGUGGGUGCGCACGCGCACCGUCGUCGACUCGUGCAGCCCCCGGUGGAACGAGCAGUACACCUGGGAGGUCUACGACCCGUGCACGGUGCUCACGCUCGCCGUGUUCGACAACUGCCACCUCGGCAACGCCGGCGGCGGCGGCGGCAACGGCGGGGCCGUCAAGGACCAGAGGAUCGGCAAGGUGAGGAUACGCCUCUCGACGCUGGAGAUGGACAGGGUGUACACCAACGCGCACCAGCUCGCCGUGCUGCACCCGUCCGGCGUGCGCAAGAACGGCGACAUCUGCCUCGCCGUGCGCCUCACCUGCCUCUCCCUCUCCAGCGUCGUGCGCCUCUACGGCCGGCCGCUCCUCCCCAAGAUGCACUACAUCCAGCCGUUCACCGUCGUGCAGCUCGACGGCCUCCGGCGGCAGGCGAUGAGCAUCGUGGCGGCGCGGCUCAACCGCGCCGAGCCGCCGCUGCGCCGGGAGGUGGUCGAGUACAUGCUGGACGCCGACUCGCACCUGUGGAGCAUCCGGCGGAGCAAGGCCAACUUCUUCCGGGUCACGGCGCUGCUCUCCGGCGCGGCCAGCACGGUGCGGUGGUUCGUCGACGUGUGCCACUGGAGGAACCCGGCGACGACGAUCCUCGUGCACCUCCUGUUCGUCACCUUCACGUGCUUCCCGGAGCUCAUCCUGCCGACCAUGUUCCUGUACAUGCCCAUGGUCGGCGUCUGGAACUACCGGCGCCGGCCGCGCCGCCCGCCGCAGGUGGACGUGAGGCUCUCCUGCGCGGAGGCGACCAACGCCGACGAGCUCGACGAGGAGCUGGAUACGUUCCCGACGUCGAGGGCGAACGACGUGGUGCGCGUGCGGUACGACCGGCUGCGGACCGUCGCCGGGCGGAUCCAGACGGUGGUCGGCGACGUGGCGACGCAGGGCGAGCGGGUGCGGUCGCUGCUCGCGUGGAGGGACCCCAGGGCCACGGCGCUGUUCACGGCGCUCUGCCUCGUCGCCGCCGUCGUGGCCUACGUCACGCCGUUCCGGGUGGUGGCGCUCGUCGCCGGGCUGUACCUGCUCCGCCACCCGCGGUUCCGGAGCCGGAUGCCGUCGGCCGCCGGCAACUUCUUCAAGAGGCUGCCGUCCCGCGCCGACACCAUGCUAUAGCCUUUGAAUGUACAUCACGUUUUGUCGUUGCCUUAUGAAGUAAAAACAAAAUCACCAGUUUAUGAAGUUAUGAUGUGAAAUUUUGUUUUUGGAAUUGACCGGUUACGAUCCAAGCUACAAGCUCUGUUGUGUGUUCCACCACCAU